AUGGUAUUCCAUUUGUUCAUGUCGUCGAUUGAUUCAGAAACAUCCGGCUGUAAUUCCACUCCGUCGGUCUGUUUUUCACUGUUUUUACAAUACACGAAGCAGUUGUCGAGGUCGAGCUCACGUCUGGAAUUUGGAGCGCCUGAUGGAAUCGAAGACGAAUACUCUGACGAAUUUACGCUUUUGAGGUUCGAAAAUGAAGAGCAUGAAGAGAGCUACAAAAAGUUCAGGAACAGGGAGAGGAGACACGAGUAUCGGCACAACUAUGCCGAGGAAUAUGGCCCGACGACAGAAUACAGAGAUGUUGUGCUCCAGCAGCGGCUGCUGAUGGUGAACUGGAUAAUCGAGGUGAGGGAUUCUCGAAUCACGUUUUCUUAACAAUAUUCUGUGAGAAUCUAAAAUAUUGGCCGAUAUGCGACUGAGUCCUAUGAAGUUGCCGUUACAUUGAAUAGUGACUAUAUGAAUAUCACAAAUAGUACAGGAAUUCAUCUA